AUGGUGGGACAGUGGGAGCUAAUCCCUGUACCCAGAGAAGAGAAUAGAAGCGUAGAUGUCAUAGAAAAAGCAGCAGCAACAUAUAACACUAUGUACUGGUCUUUUCAGAUGAAGGAAAAAAGGCUAAUCCCAACCCUAGAUGAAACCGAAUCCUUGCUAGUCACAGAAAUAGAUCCCUGGAUGAAAUCGUUAGUAGCAUACUUAGCGGAUGGCAUUUUACCAGAAGCACGCGCAAAGGCAGCCAAGCUAGUACGAAUUUUGUCAGCUUAUUCCUUGAUAGAAGGAACAUUGUACCGGACAUCAGCUACACAUCCCUGGUCCAGAUGUGUCUCAAUAGAAGAAGGAAACUACGUGCUCAGGGAACUCCAUGAGGGAAACUGCGGAGCCCAUGAAAGGGCAGUCACACUAUCUAGAAAAGCAAUGUUGCAAGGUUUUUAUUGGCCAACAUGA